CCCCUCCCCCGGCCCGGCCCGGCCCGGCCCGGUCCCGCCGCGGCGCCAGCGCUCCGGGGGCACCCUCCCCGCUCCCCGCCUGGGCGCGCGGCUCCCUCCGCGCCGGCCUCGGUGCCUCCUGUCACCCUCCCCGCCGUGCCCCCGCGCGGGCAGGCCCCGGGCCCCUUCCCCCCCUCCUCCGGGGGGGGGUGGGCUCCUCUCCGGAAACCUGGCCGCUCCCUCCGCGCCGCCUGCCCAGCCGGGCCUGCGCCCGCCGCCGGGCAGCGCGGGGGGGGUCCCUCGCGGCCGCCUGGCCUGCGCUGUGACACAGGAAAUAAAAUAAUGCUAAUGAAGCAGCCAUUUCCCUGAAGUUCAAGUUUUCAGACUCACUGCCAUUAUGGAUGAGCAGCAAGCUUUAAAUUCAAUCAUGCAGGAUUUGGCUGUGCUUCAUAAGGCCAGUCGUCCUGUCUUGCCCCAGCAAGAAACAGGAAAACCAAAGUCAUCUUCGCCUAAAAAACAGAACGAUGUUAGAGUCAAAUUUGAGCAUCGAGGUGAAAAAAGGAUCCUGCAAUUACCAAGGCCUGUUAAACUUGAAGAUCUUGCAGCUAAAGCUAAAGUGGCUUUUGGACAGACUAUGGAUUUACAUUAUAGCAAUAAUGAGCUUGUCAUUCCAUUAACCACACAGGAUGACCUGGACAAAGCUGUUGAACUGCUUGACCGUAGUGUUCAUAUGAAGAGUCUCAAGAUACUGCUUGUAAUACAUGGAAAUACACAGUCACCCAGUGUAAAUAGCGUGGAACCCUUGCCCUCACUGGAAGAUCUAGAUAACACAGUGUUUGGUGUGACAGACAGAAAAAGGCGACUGUCUGUUAUAGGUUCUAAUACUCGUGAUAGGAGUUCACCUCCCCCAGGAUACAUUCCAGAUGAGCUGCAUCAGGUGGCCCGAAAUGGGUCCUUCACCAGUAUCAACAGUGAGGGUGAAUUCAUUCCAGAAAGUAUGGAUCAGAUGCUGGAUCCGUUGUCUUUGAGCAGUCCUGAAAACUCUGGCUCGGGAAGCUGUCCCUCACUUGACAGCCCUUUAGAUGGAGACAACUAUCCCAAAUCUCGGAUGCCAAGAGCACAGAGCUAUCCAGAUAAUCAUCAGGAAUUCUCAGUAGAGUAUGAUAUCCCAAUAUUUGAGAAAUUUGGAAAGGGGGGGACUUAUCCCCGAAGAUACCAUAUUUCAUAUCAUCAACAAGACUACAAUGACGGUCGUAAAACUUUUCCAAGAGCCAGAAGGACUCAGGGAAACAGCUUCCGAUCACCAGUUAGUUUCAGUCCCACUGAUCACUCACUGAGCACCAGUAGUGGAAGCAGCGUCUUUACGCCGGAAUAUGAAGAUAACCGAAUGAGGAGGAGGGGAAGUGACAUAGACAAUCCUACCUUGUCAGUCAUGGACAUUAGCCCACCCAGUCGCUCACCACGAGCUCCAACUAACUGGAGACUUGGUAAACUGCUGGGUCAAGGUGCAUUUGGCAGAGUAUAUCUGUGUUAUGAUGCUGAUACCGGAAGAGAACUAGCUGUUAAACAAGUUCAGUUUGAUCCUGAUAGUCCAGAAACCAGCAAGGAAGUGAAUGCACUUGAAUGUGAGAUUCAGUUGCUGAAAAAUCUGCUGCAUGAAAGAAUUGUUCAGUAUUAUGGCUUCUUGAGAGAUCCACCAGAAAGAACCCUCUCUAUAUUCAUGGAAUAUAUGCCUGGGGGUUCCAUCAAAGACCAAUUGAAAUCAUAUGGAGCACUCACAGAAAAUGUGACUCGUAAAUAUACGCGGCAGAUUUUGGAAGGAGUUCACUAUUUGCACAGUAAUAUGAUUGUCCAUCGAGAUAUUAAAGGAGCAAAUAUUCUGCGAGAUUCAGCAGGCAAUGUGAAGCUUGGUGACUUUGGUGCCAGCAAACGACUGCAGACCAUCUGUCUCUCUGGUACAGGAAUGAAGUCUGUCACAGGAACUCCAUACUGGAUGAGUCCAGAAGUUAUUAGUGGAGAAGGGUAUGGCAGAAAAGCAGACAUCUGGAGCGUAGGUUGUACAGUGGUAGAAAUGCUCACUGAGAAGCCCCCGUGGGCAGAGUUCGAAGCCAUGGCUGCCAUCUUUAAAAUUGCCACUCAGCCAACCAACCCCCAGCUACCACCUCAUGUCUCCGACCAUGCUCGGGAUUUCUUGAAACGGAUUUUUAUCGAGGCCAAGCUGCGACCGUUUGCAGAUGAACUGCUAAGACACACGUUUGCACACUAUCACUAACAGCCUGCCUCAACUCAGCUUGCAUCUACUGCAUUUAUUUUCUAUUUGACUGCACUUUUAUUUUUAUUUUUUACAAAAAAAGGAAAAAAAAGACAAGAGAGAAUAUUCUCUUGAAUCUUUGUUUCACUUAGAUUGUAAACAAUCUAAAUUUUGUAUCUAAAAUGAGAAUCUUCUCUCCCCUGCUCCCACCAGGACUAGAACUUUUUGUUUCUAUAAUGUACUGAUGUGGUUCAUGUAGAUAAAGCACUUUAGUACAUAUUUGUUCCUUAUUUAAAGGGGGAAAAAAAAAAUGCUUGGACAGUCAGGAACUGUGUGACUUUUUCUGACACCACUGACUGACUCAGGGUGCAGGGAAAAAUAGACAUGCAGCUAAAGGACAAGAAGGUUACUUCUCUGUGAUUCUUCUUUAUAUUGUAGGUACUUGUGGCAGAGAGUUCUAAGUUCUUACUAUAUUUUAGCAUUUUAAUCAGUUUCUGGAUUUUACAGUUUAAGCUGGAACACGCAGUUCUAAGAAUUAAUGAUAAAGCUGGAAGAACUUGGAACUCUUUGUACAGCACUGUGUCUAACCAGUACUUCUAUGUGACCAAAAGAAAAUAACAAAAAAGAACUCAACACUGAUGUACUAGUUAGAGGUUUUGGUGUAGAACUAUUGUAUUAUCUUAAUAGGAAAAUAAUUACAGGUAAACAGAUUAUGGACCCAGACUCCUAGGAACUACUAUACUGCAAGGGGAAAAUUUCCAUAAUAGACCAGGGUCAGCUGUUGGAUGUAAAUAGUUAGGAGAAUGCCUCCUGCUGUAUCUGCCAAAGAGAACCUGUGUUGCAUAAGCUGGGAGGGAGAUGGUUAUCUUAGAUAAGAAAAAAAAAGUGAUGUUCAGAGUCAGUUCUCCUCCACAAUCCCAUGAAUGGCUGAGGGGGAAAGGGAGUGACUAAUCCUUGUGCAGUAUAUGAGUUACUUAAUUCAGAAUGAGUUAUAAGAAAUAAAGUUUUCAAAGCUGUUGAGGGGCACUAGGAUAGAAUGUAUAUCAACAUCAAGUGCCUGAAUAAUACAAAAUUAUUCCCAUUAUGCACUAAAAAAAAUUGGUUUAGUAACACAGUUCAGUCAUCUAGGAUGUGUUGAAAAUUCCUGAAAUAAUGUUAAACAUCUUUUAAUGCCAGGAAUAAGUCACUGAGAAAGAUAAGACUCCAGUUAUAUUUUUAAUAAGGUAGCGAUGAUGAAUCCACAUGAACAAGGAGGCACAGCACAAAAGAUUGUAUGAAGAACAGGCCAAAAGUGCAACAAGAGCCAGCAAUUAAAUAACAUAAGCGUGAUUACUCCAGCCUGAUAAUCCAGAUGAUUGGUGUUUGUCAGAUUACCUACUGUUAUAAAAAGUACAUGAAUCACUUUUUCCAUUUCUGAAAGAGUAUAAUAAAACAGCAAAAGUAAAACUCUGAAAUACUGCUUCUCAAUUGAAAGUCCAGGUGCUGAUCAGGUGUAGUGAAUAACUGACUUUUUACAACAGAGAAGUCAAACUCUCAUAUUUUUGUAGAAGAACACAUCAUAAUAUAAAAGGGCAUUUGGAAAUAAACUAUUGGACUACAGAACUGAAAUAAUGCAUACUGUUUUGGAUGAUUCAUUGCUUUUGUUGUUUUGUAAAGGCAGAAUGGGCUGGUACUGUGAACCUUGUCCACUCUGACAAGGCUCUACCUGUUUUGUAUCUUCAGACGACUAUCAGAAUUAUGAAGUGCGUGGAGAUAGAAAAAUAAGCUUACCCAUUCCCAUGGUAGUUCACUCAUGAGAUUUUUUAAUUUAUUCUGCUAACUUCCAAAUUUUGUACUAGAGCAUAAGCAGGAGUAUGGAUCUAUCUUAAUCACUUUACCUGUAGUGGAGUAAGAACGAUUUUUUUUUUUUUUUUCCUUCGGUUUAUGUGAAUAUUUUACCCAGCCUAUAAUUUUCUCAGUCAGGGUACACAACUGUGCAAGGUUUUCUGAGCAUGGGAAGAAGUAGUCAGACCAGAGAAAGUUUAGAAGACUGAAAAGAAAGUUCAGCUUGUAUUGACUUUUUUUUUUUUUUUUUUUGCUUGUCUGUCCCUAGAUAAAAGCUAUGAAAGCAGCCUUUAAGAAGAAUUGGUAUGUACUCUGCUGUAAAGGACCUUUGCUUUAUAAGCAAAAUUUAGUGACAGCAGGGAUGGGAAGUUUAAUGUAGAGCCUAAUAGUUUAUGUAGGUAAUUUAAAGAUCAUAUAAUUGAAACGAUUGAUUUAAAACAGAUUAGGAAGGUACCAAAACCAAGGUGAAAAUGUAUAUAAAAAUCAGUACUGGACAGUGAUAUCUGAAAAGGUAAGGAAAUUUUAUAUUACCAAAAAAGGACAUUAAAGGGAAAAUGUAACCAGGUUUAUCUGUAGCAUUCAUAACAUUUAAAUAUACUAUUCUAAAACAAAACCGCACUCUCUGAAGCUUGAAAACUUUCAGAAUCUAGUUUUCUUAUAAUUAUGUGUCCUUUUUGUGAGACAGUGCUGGCUCAUGUAUAUUGCAAUAUCACCUCCUCAUUGUGAUUUUUAAUUACUGAAUAAUAGAGUUUGCUGCUUUUGUGCCUUUUCUAAAAAACAGCAUUCAGUCAUGACAACGGUAAGCAUUUUGGAGCCAGGAACAAAAGAAUUUGCAGAAUGCAUUUUCCUUAAUUUCUUUGACAUAACAGAAAGCUGCCAACAUAAAGACAGUGCUUCUUAAAUGAAGAUGACAUUUGCCAGUUCCAGUGAUUCUAGUAAAAUCUUAUUAAUUUAACCAAGAUUAGGCUUGAGCUUUUUUUUUUUUUUU